UCAAGGCAUUUGCCCAUUGUAAGCAACAUUGGUUUACCUGCGAUCGCAGGGCCUUCUUCCCCUUCGCCUUGCUUUCCUAUUCCGUGUGUACGUCCGCGGCCGCUCUUGCGCUGAGAGGAAGCCAUCAGAACGUCGGAGGAAGAGGAGAUGGCGGAUCAGAGCGCCAAGGCCGAGGAGUUCGUGCAGAAGGCGGAGAAGAAGCUAUCAGGAUGGGGAAUCUUCGGAUCCAAGUACGAUGACGCCACCGAUUUGUUCGAAAAGGCCGCCAAUUGGUUCAAGCUCGCAAAAAACUGGGACAGAGCUGGAUCAGUGUACAUCAAAAUUGCUGACUGUCAAUUGAAGUUAGAUAGCAAGCAUGAAGCUGCCACAUCAUAUGUUGAUGCAGCAAAUUGUUACAAGAAAAUCUCAAUUCAAGAUGCUGCCGAAUCAUUAAACCAGGCUGUUAACCUUUUCCUGGAGAUUGGUAGACUAAAUAUGGCUGCAAGAUAUUGCAAGGAGCUUGGAGAGUUAUAUGAGCAAGCACAGGAUUUAGAGAAGGCUAUUGUGUACUUUGAACGGGCAGCUGAUCUCUUUCAAAGUGAGGAAGUGACAACUUCUGCCAAUCAAUGUAACCAAAAGGUUGCACAAUUUGCAGCUCAACUGGAGCAAUACCCAAAGGCAAUUGGAAUACUUGAAGUGAUUGCACGACAGUCCAUCAAUAACAAUCUUCUCAAGUAUAGUGUCAAAGGGAUUCUACUGAAUGCUGGAAUAUGUCAGCUGUGCAAAGGUGAUGUUGUUGCAGUUACAAAUGCAUUAGAACGAUAUGAGGAACUUGAUCCCACCUUUUCAGGCACACGGGAAUACAAGCUUUUAUCUAAUUUAGCAGAAGCACUGGAUGAGGGAGAUGUUGUGAAAUUUACAGAUGCAGUUCAAGAAUAUGACAGCAUGACCAGGCUGGAUUCUUGGAAAACUACUCUUCUGCUGCGAGUGAAGAACACCAUCAAAUUGAAGGAAGAAGAGGAAGACGAUCUCACCUAAUUCCUGCUAAGUAUCGGCAUCGUUGUCUAUAUCUUUGUCUGAACAUGAUCCUUUCAUGGUGGUCCUGGUUCGAAGAGUUUGGUUCAGGUUCGAAGAUGAGGUCAAUGCUUUUGAGUUGUGUGCAAGUGUCGCCCCUUUGCCUUUCCUAUCAUUUACUCUGGAGAUCGCUAACUUUGACAAUUCAAUAAGGCUUAUAUUUGUCUUCUUGGUUCUAUUUCACUGGCUUCUAAACAAUAUGAUAUAUUUCUGUUA